UUUUUUUUUUUGUAGCACAAAUUUGACGAUUUACUCGAUUUACUUCGCUAAACCAGAAUAUAAACCAAGUUUAGAUAUGGAUCUAUUAUCCGUCGAAUACGGUUCUAGUAGUGAAGAUGAAUUCACAAAGAACUCAACCAAACGAACCAAUCAUGAAAAUGCAGAUUCUCAAAUUGUAAAACGUUCAAAGAUAGAUUUGGCCCCUGACGUCAGUCUAGAGGAUCCAAAACUUUCGAAUUCAAUUUUAACAAGACCUACCGACACUCAAAUUUCCGUGAAUAUACCGUACGAUGAUAUGAUGAAACCCGUACUCGGACCAGCUAAUCCAUAUAGUACAAAAGUAAUGAAUAAGAAUGUUUUAACUGGUCAUGUUGAAGAACAAGCUUUUAGUGAAGCAGCAUUCAAAACACAACAACGUACUUUUACUUCUUUUGGGUACGCGCUAGAUCCUUCACUUAUAACACAAUCAGGAACAGGGUAUGUUGGCAACAUAGAGAAAGCUGUAGCAAUGAAUGGUGCUACUAUUUAUGAUCCGACACCUAAACCAGAUGAUAUGCCGCAGAGAUUACCUAAAGGUGAUUCUGCUGUAUUAGAAGGUGAAGAUAAGUACAUGGGUCCUUGGGCUGGUUAUGAAGGCGAAAAUAUCGGAAAUCCUGUUGGACCGCCAGAGGGCACGAUAAUUACAAGGACCGAAUCUGAGACCAAAUCUAAAAAGGAAAUUGAGACUGGUCAAGAAAGAACAAUAUUUCAUGGAAAAUCGGAAUACGAUUACCAAGGAAGAACUUAUAUGCAUGUACCGAUGGAUUUGGACGUUAAUUUACUGGGAGAGCCUGGAACGCAAGAAUGUUUUAUUCCAAAACGAUGUAUUCAUACAUGGUCUGGCCACAAUAAAGGUGUCAGUGCAAUUCGAUUUUUCCCCAAAUCGGCACAUUUAAUUCUGUCUUCAAGUAUGGAUGCGAAAGUAAAGAUUUGGGAUGUGUAUAAUGAUCGUAGAUGCUUAAGAACUUAUAUAGGACAUAACAAAGCAGUUCGAGAUAUUACAUUCACGAAUGAUGGAAGGCGUUUCUUGACUGCUAGUUAUGACAAGUAUAUCAAAUUGUGGGACACCGAGACUGGCCAGUGUAUUAAGUCAUUUACCACAGGAAAAAUACCCUAUGUUGUUAAAUUCAAUCCUGAUGAAGAUAAACAACACGUAUUUUUAGCGGGUUGCUCGGAUAAAAAGAUUGUGCAAUUUGAUAUUAAUACUGGUGAGGUAACACAAGAAUACGAUCAACAUUUAGGUGCUGUGAAUACUAUCACUUUUGUCGAUGAAAACAGACGUUUUGUUACAACCUCAGAUGACAAGACGUUGAGAGCAUGGGAGUUUGACAUCCCUGUGGUGAUUAAAUAUAUUGCAGAACCUCAUAUGCAUAGUAUGCCUGCUGUGACUUUGCACCCUAACAAAAAAUGGUUAGCUUGUCAAUCGUUGGAUAACCAAAUUGUAAUAUAUGGUGCCAAGGAUAGGUUCCGUAUACAUCGCAAGAAACGAUUUACUGGCCAUCUAAUAGCUGGUUAUGCUUGUCAAGUCAAUUUUUCACCUGAUGGAAGAUUUAUUAUGUCGGGUGAUUCAGAAGGAAGUAUGUGGUUUUGGGAUUGGAAGUCAUGUAAAAUGCUCAAAAAAUUCAAGGCGCAUGAUAAUGUUGUGAUUGGAUGUGAAUGGCAUCCUCACGAAACUUCAAAGGUAGCUACUUGUAGUUGGGAUGGAUUGAUUAAGCUCUGGGAUUAAGAAAAUAUAUGUGAUUUAUAUACUUUAUCAUGUAUAUAAUUGUAAUGGCUGAUGUUACAGUUACAAUCGGAUUAUUUUUCUAAUGUCGUCAAUAAAGAAAGAUAUUAGGAUGUUUGUUUCACUCUUUGAGGCUGUCUUCAAAAUGUUAUUCCAGUAAGAACAACUUGAGCUCUUAUAUAUCAGAUUAUCAUCUUAAAACGGACAAAUUCAUUCACAUAAUUAUAUGAAUGAUAAAGAUAACCUAAACCAUAAUGAAAUUGUAUGAUAACAUUAAUAUCAACAACCAUUAUUCUGUAAAUCAUUUACUGUAAUAGUUAUAAUAUAAUAUAAACAAUUAUUUUUUCUUUCAUUAAUAAAAUAAAAUUUCACUAGA